CCCAGCAGUACGUCGCGUCAUUUCAGACUAAACCACUGUAUUUGGGGGGUGGCUAGCUUACAAGACCUCACUAUUGACUAGAAUGUUCGAAUAAGGCCCGUAGUUAUAGGUAUCCCCUGCGGGUGGCCGUUCCUGGUAUUUGAGCUUCCUGAAUGGAGAGUAUCUUGUGUUGCAAUCGAGAUGAGUCGGAUAUAUCACAAUACGUCUCUCCGAAAUAAACCAGUGCACGAUGAGCGCAUUGCUGGUUCUUGGGAGCCGACUGCCUUCCAGCGGGGCGCAGGGGUUUUGCUGGAAGGGACCCUGCUGGAUUUCUCAAGACAUUCCCUUACAGACAGCAAGGGGAAGAAGGAACGAUGGUACAUUCUGUAUCUGAUGCCAAGCAAAAUACAUCGCAGGCAUUUUGAUAGUAAGGGGAAUGAGAUUGAACCCAACUUCAGCGACACCAAGAAAGUAAAUACAGGCUUCCUCAUGUCUUCUUACAAGGUUGAAGCAAAGGGUGAAUCUGACAAAAUAUCUGUAGAGGAGCUGAUUCAGCUGGUGAACAAAGUGGAACUAAUGAAGAUAAGUGAAAAGUACACUCCUAGGGAAACGGUUGCCUUUUGGCUUCCAGAGGUAGACGUGGAGAAGACUGAGCUAGAGCUGGGUGAACAACUACGAGUAAAAACCAUGGGAGACAGCCCCUUUGUAUUUUCAUUAGCGAAGGUUGACAGCGGGACUGUCACCAAAUGCAACUUUGCUGGAGAUGCACAGGCUGGAGCUUCCUGGACAGACAACAUAAUGGCUCAGAAAUCACAAAGCACUUCAGCAUGUUUUGAACCCAGGGGGCAAGGAGAUGGAGCGGAAGAUGAUGAAUGGGAUUGAAAAUUGAACUUUUAACUCCACAGUAGCAACUAAUCUGGCACAAGCUGUUCUCUAAAUGGAUGCCAAACACACCUUGCCAUCAAAAUGAUUUUUGUAAUGAUUGUCAAUGUUUUAGUUAAUUUGAAAUCCACUUGUGAAUGAAUCAUCCAAAAAUAAAUAUAUAAUUUUUUUUAUAGUGCACCAUACUGUAGGAGCUCACUACACAUAUCCCACACAAUGUAUGUACUUUAUUAAGCCUGUAAUAUAAAAUGCAUAUCUUAUAUGUAUAUAUGUAAAUAUAUGUAUGUAUACACAUAUAUUUACCCUACAUAUAAAAUACAGUACAUAUAACCUCUUUAGCAAUGAUUUGCAUUAUGAGUGGAGAAUAAUGGCAGAUUAAAGACCUACAGGUUUAUUUUAAGCACUCAACAUAUGGACUAUUUUGUACACCAUACAAGCUUAAGGGAGACAUUAUGUACCUGGUACAGAUGCCAACUCAGGAGUUAUGUACAUCCAGCAAUUCCCAUUGUAGAUAAAUUUGGACGUAUCGUGCUAAACCAAACGUGCACUUUAUAAUUUAAAAAAAGCAUACUUGAGUUGCAUUUUCAUUAAUGAUCUUCCUGACAGCUAAAAAUCAUUUUAUCAUUUUGUUAGUAAUUGUAUCUUUCUUUGGGAUUAUUUUUCCUUUAAAAAGGAAUAUAGAUUUAGUUGCUUUUCUUAUAGGGAACAUAUUGCCACCCCUUAGCCCCUACCUCUUUGGUUCUUUUCACAUUUAUGCAUCUUAGUGGUUGAUCAUACAUUAAUAGCAAAUUGCUCUAACAGUUUUUGCUGCAAUUUUCGUAUCUGUCCCUGUCCCGCAUUAUAUACAGGAAUAUUUAUUUGAAUGGUGAAUUAACAAUUUAUUGCAAAAUUCACCAUAACAAAACUUUUACCAAAAAAAGUCCUUUAAAGUUAUUAUGCAAUGCAAAAUAGGAACGGCACACACACUUGUGUUUUAUGGGUGCUUCAGCUCUUUAUUUGGCUACAGAGAGUACAACAGAAGAUAACAUUUCAGGCAGUUAAGUCACCCUUAUACAAUUUGCUUCGUUUUUAUAUUCUCGAUUUGUGACACAUUUUUUAUCAAAUAAGUGUUUUGGUUUUUCGUUUGUUUUCUUUUUCGUCUUAAUUAUAUUUUUUUCUUCUUUGGUGGGAUCAUAGUUCCUGAUGUCACUUUUGUGUUCAUUAUUCCUAAAGACAAUUUACAAUACUUUGAUCGUAUUUUUUAUUCAGUGCCUUCUAUUUUCGCCUCUUUCUAGCUUUCAAACAGGGGUCACUGAACCUAGCAGCCAAUUUAUCUAUUGAGCUAUUCAUCUUCCAGUCUCCCAUUCAAACCACUGUCUGAUUUAGGGUUGCCACCUGUCUAGUUUUGACCCGGACAGGCCAGUUUUUGGAAGGGCUGCCUGGGUCGAAACCUCCUGCCUGGUUGAUGUCACGGACCGCCUCCUCCUUGCAAUGCCACGGCCCCGCCUCCUCCUCCCCACCCCCGUGACAUCACCCCCGCCCCCAUCCCAGCUAAGAAAGCCGGCUGAGUCGGAUUGCUAGGGUAGAUUGCACCCUAGCAACCCAGUAGCUACGGAAUUUGAAUUUUCACUGGAAACUGGAGAGCCACUGAACAGAAAGCUAAACAGUUAAAAAGUGACUCAAUUGUAAAUUAUCUCAGAAUAUUUCUGUCUGCAUCAUAUUAAAUGUUAAUUUAAAGGUGAAAUAACAGUGUAUGUUAAAGUACCCAUGAUGGCCCUAUGUAGCAUUGCCCCCAGGCUUGAUUUUAGUCUAUACAGUGAUGGAACAUAAAUCUACUGUGUAUGUUUAAUGUGUGCAUUCCUGGGAACCUGGUACUUAUAUUCAGUGGCAGGUUUUUGAGGUUAAAGGGUUAAUGUGCCUUUAAUGCAUUGAUAUGUAGGCAGUCAGUAAAGCACAAAGCAAACCCACAUGCACAAUCCAAAUAAAUUGAACAAUAACUGGAAUGGGAAUAUAUUUACAGCCAUUUAUUGCUCAGUUUCCUUUUUCCUAUGCUGCCGCCACCACCACCACCACCGCCUCCCCUAAGUGAAUCUAUAAAAGCUUUUAUUUUGCAGUGAAGUUAACAUUUCAUGCCUCCCUUUUCCAUUUGCAAUCUGUUAAUAGUCUGUUUCUGGGCAACACUGUCAUAAAGCAUGGCCCAGCUACAUGGUACCUGAAAGAAGCACCCAUAAAAAGCUUACAAUGUAUUUUUAAUUCUAACAACUGAGAUGGUUCAUUUACUGACAAAGAAUUAUUACAAUAAUGUUAGCUUGGGAUGCUGCUAUUUUGUAAAUUACAGAUUUUACAUUGCUGCUAUUUACUGAUCCUUUGAAUGCACAGGUCUCAGCUAAUGGCAAAUGAAUUUGUUUGUUACAAAUAUCAGCAAUGAGCCACAAUUUACCAUACAGGAAUUCUACAACUGCUUUUUCUGGAAGGUUGUGGCAUAUUGUCUUUUCACCCUGUGAUAAACAUGUCACUAUUCCUCAAAUAUAUAUAUAUAUAUUACUGUA